GGUGCUGGUCCCGUUGGGUUAGAUACACUCACAUUACGAUCUCUGACUCAGUGAUGAAUCGGCGCUCGACGAGGAUGCUUCGCUGUGUGUAUCAGUAGCGGAUCUGCUACCUUAGUCAAACAGUUCGAGGAAAUAGAGGUUUUCUUAGUUAAUAGAGACAAAAUACACAAUAUGGGAUACCCUCUUAGUAUUAAGUGGGAAGUAUAGUGUUGUCGUAAGGAUUGUGAUAUAUUUUUAUGGAUUCCUAUUGCAACAUUCUAACAUACAUUUGUAUUUAAACUCAAGAGGAUAGUUGAUAUCAUGACGCAAAUUACCCCGUUAAGACUGAGCCGCCACCAUUACUUCCAAAAGCAAGUACGAGUCUAUCUCCGGGCGCAUGCCAUGGUUCCCAGUCUUUCACCAUCCCAUUAGAGUUGGCGACUGCAGAACUGCCCGUGCCAGCACCGGUACCCCCAAUCUGAUGUCAGGGACCCUCAAGUCGAGUCAGGGCUCCAAACUUGAACUCAUGUCACAGGGGUCUACCCAAGGGUUCGGGUCAGAGGACUCUUUCAACGAGUUUGCCAACUACCCUGUUAUGUCUCCAAACGGACCACUUCAUCACCGUGAUCGACAGUAUUCGAAACGAAUGCGUAGGCGCUUAGUUUACAAGAAUGGUGAGGUGAAUAUCUCACAUUCAAACAUUAAAAAACGUAAGAGACGAUACCUCGCGGAUAUCUUCACGACUCUUGUUGAUAUCAAGUGGAGAUGGAACUUGUUACUGUUUAUUGCAGCUUUCAUUCUGAGCUGGCUGAUCUUUGCUAUGAUCUGGUGGCUUAUAUGUUUCUCACAUGGAGACUUUGAGAACGCUGGCAAACCGAACUGGGAACCGUGCGUAAAUGACGUAUUUGAUUUUACGACUGCAUUGUUAUUCUCUAUUGAGACGCAACAUACGAUUGGUUACGGCUCACGUCAUACAACGCCGAACUGCCCGGAGGCAAUCCUGGUCAUGAUGAUGCAGUCGUGCUGUGGUGUCAUCAUCCAAGCCUUGAUGACUGGCCUCGUCUUUGCAAAGCUUUCACGACCAAAGAAACGUGCCGAGACCUUGAUGUUUAGCAAGAAUGCCGUCGUAUGUAAACGUGACGGUGUCAUGUGCCUUUUAUUCCGUGUCGGUGACAUGAGGAAGUCUCAUAUCAUUGAGGCUCACACCAGAGGGGUAUUGAUACGGAAGAAAAUCACACGAGAAGGUGAGGUCCUACCUUUGGAACAGGUAGAUGUCGACUUCGGGUUCAACGAGGGGCGUGACCGCCUGUUCUUGGUUUGGCCUGUUAUUGUGGAGCACAGAAUUACAGACGAGAGUCCCUUCUAUGAGAUGUCCAUGGAGGACUUCCAAAGGGAACAAUUUGAGGUGAUCGUAAUUCUAGAGGGUAUUGUAGAGUCGACUGGGAUGACCACCCAGGCUAGAAGCUCGUAUCUCCCUGGGGAGAUCCUCUGGGGUCAUCGCUUUGAACGAUUGGUCACAUUCCAGAAAGAAAAUGGCGAGUAUCAAAUAGACUAUUCCCGAUUUCACUCAGCAAAGCAAGUGGAUAUGCCACAGUGUUCGGCAAAAGAGCUGGAACUCGAGGGCGAUCAUUUUGUGGAGGGUGAAACGGUCGUGAUGGAUGAUGAUUCGUCAUCGAUAGCUUCUCGACCAGGGCAGAAGAGUCCGUAUGUGUUGAAGCGUAACGGCGCCACUCAGGCCAAUAUUGGUAUCAACGACUCCGAUCGUGUGCAGCAGAGGAAGAUGGGCGCUAAGGGCGAUGCUGACAAUGAGGAAGAGAAGGAGAAAGAUGCUAAGCAGGUCACAUGACACACGUGAAUGGUCUAGGCGGAUUCUUCAGCACCAGAUUUGCUCAACAAACCAAAAUCAAGGAGAUAUGACAAUGCUCAGGAUUUCGGUCAAACAAGUGGUGCCACCUAUGAUCAGCGCUAGGACUAACUGCCAGACCUUGGAUUGCUUGCGGAUCACUGCAGUUUCGUACAUUGGGAAUGUAUUGGACUUGCAUUUUUUCUCAUGUCUACAGUGUUCACUUGCGUAGGUCACAUAACAAGAUAAUAAAGUUGAAAACACUGAUAAAAUCCAUUGGGAAUGAUUGACGACAAUUAACUGCCUUUUAAACAAUAAUAUUGCAGUUAUUUUAUUGAUUAAUAUUUUAAUGUUUAUUCUAUAAUCCUCAAGGUAUAGAAAUGCUUUAAUCAUGGAUAUUCUGAAAUUAUUUUGAAAAAGAUUCAAGAUGGCAUUGGGAUAGAACCUUGGGAUGCCUACACGCAAGUGGUGUCAUCUAUCAGACAAAAGACUAACUGAACCUUCUUGCAGCUAUUCGGUUUCUUCUGGGAGACCUGGCAGAUAUACAUGUGGCUGUUAGGACACUUUUCACCUCUUUGUAUUGAACCUGCUGUAGUUUUGUUCAGAUAUCAAUAUUUGGGACAAGGUCUGCCCUGAUAAAAGUUGAUCUGCAGGAGCUUAGCUGCUGGAAAGACCUAUUAGUUGAGCACCAUAUUUGUUGUCAACUCUAUAACUCAUGAGUGUUCAACAUAAAUGUCCUUUUCCUGUUUACCCGUAAUAUAGCACUGCAACCAUUUCACCCAGAUUGGGACAGCAACCCACAAAUAUUUCAUUUACUUCCAUUUUCACUCAUACUUGUGAUUCUGUAAGUUGUCUGUGAUUGUUGUACAAUAAAACAUUAUGCACACUGUUUAAUAACCAUCAGUAUUUUUUCAAUUUCACAGAAGUGUUCAUUAUAUCGCAUUAAGACUUUUCUUGUGAGGGUGCCUCGGCCCUGUUUGACCCUCUAUGUAAAUGCCUAAUACAUGUUUUAUUUCGGAUCAGUGCCUCAAGGUUUCUGGUCAGAGGUUUUAGAAUAGGCAUGAUGUUUUCCUAAUCAUUGUGAGAGAUUUCCAUUCUAUGGUCAGGUCAAUAGCAUUUGAUCUCAUUUCUUUGUGUGCCUUUACAAUACAAUACUUCACUUAUUUGAUUGUAUGAAAUUUGUGCACAUUUCGGAAGGAUGUAUAAAGUUAUAUCUAUGCACCAUUGGUUUUCUUCUAAUUGUCCAACCAUUCCAUAGAAUAUCACAGUAUUCUGCCCAUAUUGGCCAGGGAAAGUUUGUAUUGCUGUUAGCUAUAGAUAUGCUUGACCCCUCAAUACGACAGAUACAUUUCGAGGUGACAUUUUCAAUGUAAUUUUCUCAGCCUUGAAAGGGUGAUUUCACUCUCGGCUGUUUGCUCAUCUACAUGUAGUCCCCAUCAGUCCUUUAGUUUUUUUAAGGCAACUCAGACAGAAAGUCAGAAGUUGAUGUCUAGAUGAAUGGAAAGAGAGUUCUUGUAUCCCUAAAUCACUGUGCAAUAGGAGCACUCGCGAUUAUUUAAAAUAAAAUGUUUUAAUGAGUUUUAUGAUUGAUCAUGGUAUCAUUUGCAGUUUUGUCUUGUUGAAAUACUGAUUUUAUAUCAUGGUCUUGGCAGUUCAACAAAACACUAGAUGUUUUAUCGCAAUGUAUCAACAGGAAGACAAACGGUUAUUUAAACUUUGAAAAUCUGGUAGGAUUUCUAUUUCUGCAUGCCAAGGUGUAAAUUUACUUGGUUUCUUGGUUAUCUGUACACGCCAAUCAAAUCAUGCAUUACAUUACUGAUUAGCAGGUUUCUGGAUAAUUAUUCUUUUAUCAUGAUGCCAUGUGGUUGAGAAGUUUUCUAGUAUUUUUUGAAUGAAUCAGAGACUUUGAAUUUUAUUAACAAAAAUGAUAUUUUACACAUCUGCAAUAUGGUCUACUGUGUAGUGGUAGAACAUUGAAGGCUGUGUCUUUCUUUCAUCAUCUUAAGUGUAUAAGGUAUUGUAAACAUGUAUGUAAAUAAUAGGGAAUGAUAAAAUAUGUAAAUAAAGUUUUCAUUUCUAAAAAGA